GUAUUAAGUCAUGAUCAGCUUUCGGACAUUGGCCAUCGUUUAUUUAUGUGCGCAUAGUCGUGAUACAUCGUACACACGAUCGACUGAUUUUUGUUCCCGCGACCUUUGCUGCUUGAUCAAGCUUCUCCGAAGUUCGUAUUUUCUCACCAAAAUUUAAGAAAUUCUACGAACUGUCGUGUUACUCAAGACAUUUAUCUUCUAAUUACGUUGAUUACUAUGGAUGUUAAUAUAAAGCUCUGUAAAAGCAGCAAUCAAACUUGGGGCAUUCGAUUAUCCGGAGGAGCUGACUUUAGUUUUCCAUUAACUGUCGUCAGGGUACUUCUCGGAGGACUGGCCGAUCAAGCUGGUAUACAGGCUGGCGACAUAGUUAUCAAAAUAAAUGGGGAGACUAUACAGCAUUUGAGGCACUGCGAAGUUCGCGACCGUAUCGUCAAUGCCCAAAAGGAAGUCAUAUUGACAGUCGUGCGAAAUCUGAAAUUCGAACGAGCCGUUUAACGAAAAUGUUCACAGAUCUCACCACGAAAUAUCGAGCAAUCACUCUUUUUGUAAACGAUACGAUUAUAUUGAAUUUAAUUAAAAUAACAUGUCAUACAUCAAAAGUAUUGACUUUCAGGCCAAACAUGUUAAUUUUGAUAAUUAAGUCAAUUGUAUAAGUAUAGGAUAUUGAUAAGCAACACGAUGUAUAUUGAUAUUCUAUAAUUAACGAUCACCUUCAUGCUUAAAUCUUAUAGUAUAAAGUCGACUUUUCUCUAUGAAAUCUAGAUAUUAGAUAUGCAAUCUAAUUUAUAAUGUUUUGUUGCUAUUACAGUAUAAUAAUAUGCAU